UGUUGUGAUUUGGGUCAGAGACAGCAGAGAAAAACAGGGGAAAGCUUGGUUUCCAAACCUCACAGGAAGCCCCUCCCCUUGUUUCCUUCCUUUCCUCUAGGCUGAGGAGCCUCCAGCUUGGAAGCCAGCAGGGCAAUACAUAUAUGUCCAACUGGGUGGUAGGAAGACCCACCCUAUCUUUGGAUGAAGUCCUCUGGAGUGGACACUCAGAAUCUUGUCUGCCAUUCCUACAGUGUUGCCUGCUCCAGCACUGGCUACCUCCGCCUGCCUCUCCUUCCUCUUCUUCAGUGUGUGGUGACAGGGAAGCUUCUCAUGGAGGAAGGCAAAGGAUCCCUGUUGGUCUCGGGCCAGCAGCCUCCCACCCACCCAGAGACUAAUCUCCUGGGCACACACUGACUGAACAACCAACUUUGAUUUCCGCUGUCCUCUGAACUUGGGAACAGAUUCAACUGACCUUUGCCCCUGGGACAGAGGAUCUGAACCACUGUCCCAAUCCAAAUCUUCAAAGGGAUUGCCAGUCUGAACCCUCACUCUCUGAAGUGGAAAACCUUACAUCCCGCCACGGGUCUGUCUGGGCCCAGGAGACUCUGCCCCACCCAGAGGACCCUGGGAUACCCAGGAGACACUACCCAGGCCCAGGAGACCCUGCCCCCACACAGGAGCCCCUACCUCAACCCAGGAGACCCUACCCCAGUUCAGAAGACCCUACCCAGGACCAGGAGACCCUGUCCCAUCCGGGAGACCCUACCCCAACCCAGGACACCCUGCCCCAGUUCAGGAAAUCCUACCCAGGAGACUCUGCCCCACCCAGAAGACCCUGGAAUACCCAGGAGACCCUGUCCCCACGCAGGAGCCUCUACCCCAACCCAGGAGACCCUGCCCCCAGUCAGGAGCCCCUGCCCCAGCGUAGCCACCACACUAUAGCCAUGAUGGAAGAAGACACAGAGGUAUGGCAACAAGUAUUCCAGGAGCUGAUUCAAGAGGUGAAACCAUGGCACAAAUGGACCCUCACACCAGACAAGGAGCUUCUUCCUGAUGUUCUGAAUCCUGGGUGGACACAGUACCAGCAAAAGACCUUUGCCAGGUUCCUCUGCCCCAGCUGCUCUCGCAGUUGGGCCUCUGGCUGUGUCCUGGUGGUCUUCCACAUGCGCUGGUAUAAGAAGAACAGCAAGGGACGUGUGAAGAUGAGGGUCUUUGCUCAGAGAUGUAACAAGUGCCCCGAGCCUCCAUUUGCAGCUCCAGAGUUCAGCUGGGACAACAUCUCAAGGAUCUUGAGCAAUCUGGUCUUCAGAAUUCUGAGGAAGUGCUAUGGAGAAGAGUUUAAGGAAAUGGCUGAGAUUCCUUUGCUUGGAGACACGGGUCUCGAAGGCCCACAUGACAGAAACAACUGUGAGGCCUGUCUGCAGGGCUUUUGUGUUCAGAGUAGCUCAGGCCUAGCCUCAAAACCACCAGCAUGCCCAUUGUCUCCCGCCUCCUCUAAGUCAACUAGGGAGCCUAUGGUCACUGUCACACGCAGCAACGUCUCCUGCUCACAGCCUUCCUCUAAAGUGGGAAAGCCCCAAGGAUCAAAAGUGGACACCAAAGCCAGUAACCCUACCAAAGCUGACCCCAAGGUUAGCCACACCUCGAACCCAUCAACUGUCCCAAUCUUGACAACCCAACAGUUGGCACCUGCAAGCUCACCUGCCCCUAGAUGUAUCAUUCAAAUGUCUUCUCCCGUCAAGAGCAGUGGAACAGCAGGUACGGGAAACAAGAACUCCAGGUCCAAGAUCCCAGAGGCAUUGCCCCCGUCCUCUGCAUUUGUCCCAAAUAUUUCCUCCUCAUUCAUCCUACCCACUUCCUCCUCCUAUGUCCCGCCCACUUCCUUAUUUGUCCCAUCCACUUCUUCCUCAUAUGUUGCACCCACUUCCUCUAAAGUGGGAAAGCCCCAAGCAUCAAAAGUGGACACCAAAGCCAGUAACCUUACCAAAGCUGACCCUAAGGUGAGCCACGCCUCAAACCCAUCAACUGUCCCAAUCUUGACAACCCAACAGUUGGCACCUGCAAGCUCACCUGCCCCUAGAUGUAUCAUUCAAAUGCCUUCUCCCGUCAAGAGCAGUGGAACAGCAGGUACAGGAAACAAGAACUCCAGGUCCAAGAUCCCAGAGGCAUUGCCCCCGUCCUCUGCAUUUGUCCCAACCAUUUCCUCCUCAUUCAUCCUACCCACUUCCUCCUCCUAUGUCCCACCCACUCCCGCGUAUGUUGUGCCCAAUUCUGGGAGACCACGAGCAAACAUCACUGGCCAGGUAGAGAGAAGCAGCCAUAUCCACCCAGCAGGUGAAUCCUGCUGCUGCAAAGCUUGCUGCGGGGCCUGCCACGAGUGCUGCUGCGGAUGCUUCUGUGAGUGCUGCAAGGGCUUCUGCCAGGGCUUUUGUAAUUGCAUGGAACAUAAACCGUUUCGACUGCUGGUCUUUCUAAUCUUUGCAGCUGUCGUUGUGACACUUUCCAUAAAAUACGGCUUCUGAGCCUUGAAGAAAGAAUGCUGGGUGGCAAAAAAAAAAAAAAAAUGUUGCAACAUCCCAAAAAAGUCAGAUAUUGUGUAACCCUUUAUACAAAACAUCAAUAAAAUCAGGAGAACCCAGAGAUGGCUACCAGGGCUGGAGAAAGGGGGAAAAAAUGCAAAGCCCUUGUUCAACCAAUGUGGAUUUCAUGAGGGAAGAAGGGGUGGUAAAAUGCUUGGGAACUGGAUGGAGAAGGUAACGCUCUCUCAAUACUGGAAGUGCACUAAA